AUGGCAGCACAACCAGCCAGCACCAACGACCGCCGUAUUACUAGAUUAUCAAUAUCAACCACCACCACAACCCUCACCCCGAGUACAAAAGCAUACGCCACUCCUCCUACUUCGCGAACUAUACCUUCGUCUUCAUCAACUUCUGCUGUAGCUUCCGCUCUGGUUGAGUUUGCUUCCCUCGCAGUCGAGGUGCCUCGCUCUCCUCAACAACAAGAAGUCGCCCUUCAGACUGCCGAACGUUGUUCUCAAAAUGCUUCUCAGUCAGCAGAACUUCGCUCCGUGAUUGUCACUCGGUCUACGGAACAUCGUUCACUGACAGCCGCCCAGUUGACAGAACCUCGCCCUCGAGCUUCCACGCGGUCACCAAGGACCAACAGACGAGACGACGAGAAGCAACAGGAUUCUCGUAAAAGUGGCACCAAGGUUCCCUCGGACUCGGUGGACAGAUUGGUCAAAGGUAUAGGCGCCGUCCAGAUACACCAAGCCUCCGCUUCGAGACACUCACAAACAACAUCACCACCAAUACCAGCAACUCCAACAAAUCAGAAAAGAGGUCGAUCCGACUACGAGCAGGAGAAUUCGAUUGAAGAACGUCUCGCAAAGCUGUAUGUGGGUCCUCUACCACCAACAUCAACAUUAACAUCGGCUUCAGCAUCAGCAUCGACAUCGACCCCCCCAGUAACACCAUUAUCGACAACAACAACAGCCAUGACGAUCUGCACAUCGAUGUCGCACAACCGUCCCGCAAAGACUUCCCCCAAGGGUAAUGAACGCAGCGAAUCACAACUGAAACCAUGGAUGGACAGUCUUGACAUAGCGCUGCAUACCCUGAGAGCAGCACGCAAGCUGGUCGUUGCUGCCCUUGCUUGUGACUCGCAUCGACGCCAUGACAUAUAUAUGCAGUGCGAAUAUGCACAUACGCAGUAUACACACGAACAUAUCCAAUACCUAUCCGUACAGUUAACGAACCCGGCGAGGAUCGAGUACCAACGAAGGUACGAGCAAGCGAGGUUCGAGUAUUUACAAAUGUACGAGCAGAUGAUGGACGAAUCUCAACAAAAGUUCGAGCCGUCGAUGACCGAGGCUCAACGAAGGUACGAGAAUGCGUGGAUCGAGUUCCAACGACAGUACGAGAAGGAGUGGAUCAAUUGGAAUCGAGGGUACGACAAGGCGUGGGCCGAGUCUCAACGAAAGUACGAGAAGGCGUGGAUCGAGUUUCAACGAAAGUACGACAUGGUGGUAAUCGAGUCUCAACGAAGGUACGAGAAGGCGUGGAUUGACUGUCAGCGAAGGUACGACAAGUCGUGGACCGAGUUUCAACGAAUGUACGACAAGGCGUGGAUCAAGUCUCAACGAAAUUACAAAAAUGAGUGGCACGAGUUUCAACGAAAGUGCAGGCAGGCGACGAUGGAGUCUCAACAAAAGUACAAGCAGGCGAUCACCGAGUCUCAACGAAAGUACGUGCAGGCGUCUGAACACCGCAAAAAGUCGAUACAGGAUGCGCGUAACAAACCAGCACAACAACAUCAGCAGGUAUCACAAUCGUACCAUCAAACGUCGCCACAACAUAAGCAAGGACUCGAGGAGGUCGAUGACAAGUCUUCCCGUCCGUUGUUGUCGAAGGAUGCGGACACCGUACCGAGUUCUUUACCGGAAUCUGAGAGUAGCGGCAGUCGAGAAGACGGGGACAAGACAUCAGAGGGUCAUGGGAGGAGGAGGAAGCGGGUCAAGCACGACGACAUCAAGAAGGAGCCUGUUGACGAAACAAUGUCCGACGCCGCCACCGCCAGCGCAUCCUUCUCCACUAUCACCAGUACGGCAUCCACUACCUCGAGCUUUUCAACCUCAUCUGGCCACACUGUCGCUGAUGUGACUCUCGACAUGCAAAACAAGCUGAACUUCAACCCUACCACCGCCAUCUUUCAAUAA